GAGUAGCACAGAGUGUGAGUAGACGCAAUAAGCCCUGCAGACGCCGCAUGUACAGACUACAGCUCGAGAAGACGCACUGGAACUAGUCUCCUGCAGAUAUUUGGAUGGGAUGUAGCAGUUGCAGCGGCAGCGGCAGAAGGAGAAGUUGCUGGUAAGAAGUAGCGCGCAGCUGCUCCUGCGCGCGCAUGUACAGGGCGCGAGGCGAAAGCUUGACGCGGCAACCACCACCCACCCCCCACCCCGCCCGGCUCAGACCUCGCCAUCGAUCGACCUGCUCGCGCUCUCUCCCUCCCUCCCUCCCCAUUGAUCCCAUGACAAAGCAAGAUUCCUGUGUUUCUGAGGCUUAGCUGAGGAAGGAUUCGGCCUACCUGCUCUCUUCUCCUGCCCGGCCGAUUGCUACGACUUGCAACACGCAUCACCAUAGUAAUAGUAUCGUCGUGUUCACUCUCCGACGACUUAAUUGUGUGCGUGUUGUAUUUCCCACCGUCUUGUCACUUCAUCACACAUCUGGCUACAUCGAUGGAUCACUGGUGCUACUAGCUAGCUAGCUCGCUAGUUACUCGAUUACUGGCUGAAUUUUCGCUUCUGUCUCCAUCUAUUUUACACAAAUUAAAGCUUUUGGCGAUCGGAGGAAUUGAAACACCGAUAUGGCGCAUGAUCCGAACCUGGGGUUCGCGGAUUACUUCUCGGCGGCAGAUGCAUCGGCGUCGUCGGUCACGACGCUGAUGCCGGCGAUGGACGAAGCGGCGCCGGAGCUGUUCGGGUUGCAGGCCGGGAUGGAGCUUCUCGGCGUGCGCGGUCUGGGUAUGAGUAUGAUGCCCGGCGCGGCAGGCAAGGUCGCCGCGCUGGUGGCCGACGCUGGGGACGACGGCGGCGGCGGCUCCACCAUGCGCUUCCUCAGCGAGCAGCACCAACAGCCGAGCCAGGCGCCGCUGUCGCUGUCGCUGUGCCGCCCGGACGGCGUGCUGCACCUCGGCGGCGCGGCGCGGCCGCAGCACCAACUGGCGCCCGCGGCGCCAUGGAUGACGCACCACGACGCGUCGUCGUCGGCGCCGCAAGUGCACGGCGCGUGGCACCUGCGCAGCUCGAGGUUCCUCCUCCCGACGCAGCAGCUCCUCCAAGAAUUCUGCAGCCUCCCCGUGGACAGCACCAAGCGCGGCAACGGCGCCAAGGCAGCGACGCAGCAAGAAGACGGCCGCGGCGACGGGUCGUCGUCGUCGUCGGCCUCGUGGACCCCGUCGCCGCAGAUCCAGGCCAUGGAAGCCCUGGAGCUGCAGAGGCUCAAGGACAAGCUCUACAUCAUGCUCGAAGAGGUGGACAGGAGGUACAGGAGGUACUGCGAGCAGAUGAGGGCGGUGGCCGGGGGGUUCGAGGCGGUGGCCGGGGAGAGGGCGGCGGGGGCGUACACGGCGGUGGCGGCGAGGACGAUAUCGAGGCACUUCCGGAGCCUGAGGGAUGGGAUCGUGGCGCAGCUGCAGGCGGCGAGGAAGGCGCUCGGGGAGAAGGACGUGAGCGCGGCCGGGACGACGCGGGGGCAGACGCCGCGGCUCAGGGUGAUCGACCAGUGCAUCAGGCACCACAAGUCGCUGCAGGGCGUCGCCGCCAUGGACAGCCACCCGUGGCGCCCCCAGCGCGGCCUUCCCGACCGCGCCGUCACCAUCCUCCGUGCCUGGCUCUUCGAGCACUUCCUGCACCCGUAUCCAAGCGACGUGGAUAAGCACAUCCUGGCUCGACAGACGGGCCUCUCACGUAGCCAGGUGUCCAACUGGUUCAUCAAUGCGAGGGUUCGGCUGUGGAAGCCAAUGGUGGAGGAGAUGUACGUCGAGGAGAUGAAGGGCCAGGACGGCGGCGACGGCAGCGGUGGACAGGGGAGCCUAAACCCUAAGCCUACCUGCAGCCACGCCUCCGAGGCGCGCGGCGGCCAGCAGCUGGUCGUCGGCGAUGGCGACGGCGGCGAACAGAAGCCGACGAGGGCGCAGCUUCGCCACGACGCCGGGUCGCUGGCCUCCGUCGUCAACGUCGACGUCGCGGCCGGCGCGGGCGGCGUGGCCCGGCUGCACCAGGCGGAGAACUUCGGCAUCAUGGACCACCUCGACUUCGACGCGUACGACGACAGCCACCACCAGCAGCAGCACGGCGGGUUCGGCGGCGUGUCGCUGACGCUCGGGCUGCAGCAGCACGGCUCCCACGGCGGUGGCGGCGUGAACAUCGCGUUCGGGGCGCCGGGGUCCGCGCACGGCGGCGCCGGGUUCUUGUACCCGGGCGAGCAGAUGGCGCCUGACGCCAUGCAUCCGGGGCACGGCCACCACGUCGUCGGCGGACAGUUCGGCGUGGCCAUGGACGGCGACGCCGCCUCGCACGCGCAAGAGCGGUACCGGAGCCUAAGCGCCGGCUUCCACCUGCUCCGCGACUUGGCCGGAUGAUCCAUGCGGCGAACUACUCAGUUCAUCGCACGUACGCAUAUAUAUGCAUUCCGUGUACUGUACUAGCAGACGAUUUGGAUGUCGCAGCGGCAGCGGCCGCGGCGGUGGCGACUAGGUAGGGAUCCUCGCGCGCGGCCGGCGCUGCGGCGUGCAUUGGUUGGGCAACCGAAUUAAGCGUUUUUGUUGGUGGUGGUCCUUGAUUUUACCGACCUAUAGGUACAGUUCGUAUAUAUCUCUCGCGAUCGAUCGUACACCAGCAGGGGAGUAGCCCAGUAGAUCGUCGUCGAUGGCGCUUUCGUGUGGUUCGGAAGCGGGCAGUUUAUUUUAGCCUACCGGCCCGGCAUCGGUUGCCGGGGGUUGUGUGGUCGUGUGUUGUGUAGUGGAGACAGCUUUUAUUUGUACUGGAAAUCUGGAAUUUGAUUGAUGGUUCAACUUA